GCAUCAGUUUCCCCCAUCAACAUCUUGCCCCUCGUUUCUGUUCCUGUGGAAUAUUUGGGGCCAGGGCUCCCUCAGAGCCCCAGGUUGUUCCUUUCCACACCUGGCACUGUUGGGUCACUGGGAUCCAUCCACUGCUGGGGUCACCUCUGAACCCCCCACCCUCCAUCCCCACUUUUCCCACCGUCACCAGCAGCUCCACGACAUCCGUCCUCAGGGAUUCAGUGGGAUCAUCAGACACCCAAACCCUGGCACGGGGAUGCCCCCCAGCCCUGCCAGGGCACAUCCCACCCCGCUGGACCACUGUGGCCCUGCUCGGGGCUGGCAGGAGAACUGGGUCAGCCGUGUAACCAUGGAGAUGCCGAGGGAGAUGCUGAAGCAGCGCCAGCACAGCCCCGGCUCUCCAGAACCCUGGAAAGAUUCCCCAGCCCUGGCACCGGCCGCGUCCGGCCGGGAUGGGGCUGGGAAGCUGAGCUGAGCCUCCUCCGGGCACAGGGCGCUGAUCCCACGGAGCGGGGCCGGGGCCGGCGGGCGCGCAGCGGCUGACCAUGUUCAACGGGGAUGCCAGCUCCGUCACCGGCUCCGUCACCGGCUCCAUCUCCAGCUCCAUCUCCAGCUCCAUCUCCGGCUCCAUCUCCAGCCCCAUCGCCGGCCCCAUCGCCGGCCCCAUCGCCAGCUCCUCGGCGGCCAGGAAUGUGGUGCGCAGCUCCAGCAUCAGCGGGGAGAUGUACAGCCUGGAGAAGAGCGCGCGGGGCAGCGCCGACUCCGUCACCGUCACCGCCAGCAAGAAGAGGCGCUCCAGCCUGGGCGCCAAGAUGGUGGCGAUCGUGGGGCUGUCCCAGUGGAGCAAGAGCACCCUGCAGCUCAACCAGACUGAGGGGGGCCCCAAAAAGCUGCGCAGCACCAUCCGGAGGAGCACCGAGACCGGCAUCGCGGUGGAGAUGAGGACCAGGGUGACCCGGCAGGGCAGCCGGGAAUCCACCGACGGCAGCACCAACAGCAACAGCUCGGACGGCACGUUCAUCUUCCCCACGACCCGGUUUGGCGCCGAGAGCCAGUUCAGCGACUUCCUGGACGGGCUGGGGCCGGGGCAGCUGGUGGGGCGGCAGACGCUGGCAACCCCCCCGAUGGGAGAUGUCCACGUGGGCAUGACUGACCGGAACGGGCAGCUGGAGGUGGAUGUGAUCCAGGCACGGGGGCUUAUCCCGAAGAUGGGCUCCAAGUGCAUCCCUGCCACCUACGUGAAGGUUUACCUGCUGGAGAACGGCGUCUGCCUGGCCAAGAAGAAGACCAAGGUGGUGAAGAAAAGCUGUGACCCGUCCUAUCAGCAGCCUCUGCUCUUCGAGGAGAGUCCCCAGGGCAAAGUCCUGCAGGUGAUCGUGUGGGGCGAUUACGGGCGCAUGGACCACAAGUGCUUCAUGGGGAUGGCCCAGAUCAUCCUGGAGGAGCUGGAUCUCUCCAGCACCGUGUCGGGCUGGUACAAACUCUUCCCCACGUCCUCGCUGGCCGACUCCAGCAUCGGACCUCUGACCCGCCGCCUGUCCCAGUCCUCCCUGGAGAGCUCCACCAGCCCCUCCUGCCCGUAGGGGGGGCAGGUCAGUCAGUGGGAGAGGGGAGGGGGAAGGAGACGCCCUGACCUACCCAAACUGGGCAUGGAGAGCUGUAAAUAUCCUUUUUAGUUCUUUUUUUUUUUUUUUUUUAAAUUUUUAAUUUUAAAAUUCUCCUUCCCCGACCCGAAAACCUGCCCUGGACACGCCCCCUCCCCACGCUCGUGUCCUGGCACAGGGAGGGGAUGUGGGAGAGGGAGUGAGGGCCGGGUGUGAGGCAGGGGGGGGAAGGAGGAGCAAAACAAAACCCCCCCACCCUGAGGGCUGCCAAUGAUCCCAGACUGUUCCCACACCUCGUCCCAGCACCUGGAAGGCCUCGAGGUGCCCAGUUCUCUCCUGGCCCCCGGCAAGAGCAGCUCGGUCUGGUUCAGCAGCAGCGUGACGACGAGGUUCCUUUCCUUCCAUCCCCUUUCCUCGCCUCCAAGGAAAAAAGGAGCUUUCCAAUGGAAAAAAAAAACAAACCAAACUCAGAAAAAAAAAAAAGAAAUCCAACUCAGCACUACUUUUGUUUUCCAAGGAAUGUAGCAUCUUCUCUUAUGUAGCUUGCCACGUGCUAACAACAACACUCACUGCAAUAUCCGAGAGACUCCGGAUGGGCCGGGAACAUCUGCCAGUCACGUCCCGUUUGUUCAUUUCCCGAGCACUUUUGGUGGCCAUUUUUCCUCCCUUUUUUUUUUUCCCUCCCAGUGUUUUGGUUUUUUUUUCCCGGCAGCAUGUAGCCUGUGAGCAGUGCCAUUGCCAAAGCAGGAGAGGGCAGGGGAAGGGGCACUCUCCUCACCUCAUCCCGCUGGUCUUCUCCUCGUGUUCCACCGCGCUGACCGCGGGCUCGUCCGGCCAAAACGAGACCCGAAAGAUGAACUCUGUGAUGCCUCACGGGGGAAUUCCAGUCGGGAGAAGGUGACCCAACGGAGCAGGAACACCAGGACGCCCCUUCCUCCCCUGAGGGCUGGCUGGAGGGCUGAGAUGUCCUCCUUGGAGAUGGGAUGUCCUUCUUAAGGUCUGGAUGCCUCCUCCUCCAGGCUGGGAUGCUCUCCCUGAGGACUGGGAUGCUCUCCUUGAGGUCUGGGAUGCUCUCCUUGAGGUCUGGAAUGCUCUCCUUGAGGUCCAGGAAUGCCCACCUUGAAGUCAGGACGUCCUCCUUGAGGUCUGGGAAUGCUCUCCUUGAGGUCCAGGAAUACCCACCUUGAAGUUGGGACUCCCUCCUCGAGGUUUGGGAAUGCCCACCUGCAUGUUGGGAUGCUUUCCUCGAGGUCUGGGAUGUCGUCCUUGAGGUCUGGGAUUCCCUUCUCGAGGUCUGGGAUGUCCUGCUCAGGGGUAGGGAUGCUCUCCCUGAGGUCUGGGAUGUCCUCCUCGGGGUCAGGACGCCCUUCUCGAGAGCUGGAAUGCCCUCCUUGAGGUCUGGGAUGCUCUCCCCGAGGUCUGGGCUCCCCUCCUGGAUACUUGAAUUCCAAGCAAGGAGUGGAGGGUUUGCCCAGCCCUGUUCUCCAACUCUGGACUCGCUGCUUUGCUACAGGGGAACAUCUCAACAGCAGCUUGUGCUGCUCUGGAAUUCGGGUGCCGGAGAGGGGACGGCCGAGGGACUCUCUGGGUUGAGUUUCUCGUCAGGAUGAGUGUUUUGGGGUUUUUGUUUGUAUGUUUUGUUUGUUUUUUAAAGCAGCAUUUCGGUUCCCUCCGAGGGACCCAGUUCUUGUAGCAAACCCGAGAAUUACGGAAGCUUUUUUUGAAGGUGCCUAAUGAAAUUUGCUGAAAAUACUCAGGGGAGACACCACUAGAAACUCUGGUUUCUUCGUAAAAUGAACCUAAUCCAAUGACUGUCCUGAAGGAUCAGUUCCCAAAAGAGAGGGGGAAAAAAAAAAAACAACAACAAACCCAACACACCAAAAGAUGAGCAGUUUGGAGACUGGAAGAGGACAAGAGGUUAACGGGGAAUUUUUGCCGACCGGCUGGCUCUGACCUUCAGUCUUCACCACAAACCAACCCACAGCACAGUUGGGAUUUUUAUACAAUCAUUUCUUGGCGAAACAGAGAAUUCCACAAUGCACAGAGCACAACAAACCCACCAGGGUUCUCCAGGAACGAUGAACCCGCUCAGCCACAACGGAACAAACCCAAACCUGAGGGGAAAAGACUGUUGGGAUGAAGCUGUUCCCUCCACAAACCCCAAACCUGGGGGUCCCCAAACCCAAACCUGAGGGUUCCCAAACCCCAAACCCAAACCCAGGGGUUCACAGACCCAAACCCUGGGGUCCACAGACCCACGUCUGGGGGUCAGCAGGACUCCACUGCGCGGUGGCUGCUUUGCCCAACAGCACCAAACUGAAAGGACAUCGUGACAAGGACUUUCAGCUGCUGUCUUGACUUUGCCGACUCGAAAUCACCGCAGACCUCUGAGGAAAGAGGAGGCCAGGUGCUGCUGCCCUGGGAUGGGGAAAGGUUCAUCCUUUCACCUCCCGAAGGACGGAAUCCUCUGCCGGAGGAGCCCAGCGCUCGCCCCGAUUGCUGGGCUCCUGCUGGAUGGCAAUGGAAGGAACACGGGAUGCACUCGACCCCCAGUUGUUUGGGGAGGCAGACUCAGUGCCCUGACUCCUGAAACGGGCACAAACACUGGUUUGAACGGGAUGCUCCUCGCAGAGCACGGAGCAGCUCCACGGGGUCGGCGGCGCCCAGACAAGGCCGAGCUUCCUGUGCCCGGCGCUGGAUUUCUGACUGCACAUCAGGGAAAGCAUCCUAAGAGGAAAAGCUUUCUGCUCCUCCGAGCUGACACUACUUACUUUUGCUUUACCAGCUCUGUUUCGGUGGGAAGACGCCAAACCUGCCCGUGGUGGGGCCGCGGAGCAGCGGCGUGGGCAGAGCAGGCAGCUCUGCAGGGACGUUCUGCUCUUUCUCCUGUGGGCACAGCAUCCCACCCUCUCCCUCCCUUGCCAGCUCUGCAUUCCUCCAGCAGAGCUUCCCUGCUCCUCUCCCUGCCAGGAACAUCACACGCCCAUGCUCUGACAGAGAGCAGAGGCGGGUGAGGAGCAGCAGAACAUCCCGACCACGCGCCUGAGGUCCAGCAGCAGCCUCGCUGCUUCUGCCCCAGUUACCAAAACCCCGCUGGAAAAACACAGAGGAAAGAACCAUCCUCUGGAAGGAACAAGGAAAACCCAAAGACUUUGGCUUCUCUUUGGUCCCUGACACGCUGAGGAUGUGCUGGGGGGGUGACUGAACAAACUGUGCCCCGGUUCUCCCUCCCUGCUGGGUUCCUGCUUGCUGCCUCAGGCACUGGUUCCUCCUGCUCCUUGACACCACUUCAAAUGACCAUCACUUCCUCAGCAGACUGACCAAAAUCCAACAAGACCUUCCCUUCCAGUCCUCCCCAAGGAGCUGCCUCUGGGGAAGCACCUGGGUCAGGACCCACCUUGCACUGCUGUGGGAAAACUGAACUGGGGGAACUGUGCCACAGCUACACCAAACCAUCAGCUCCUUCUCCCUCCUCAGCCCCUGAGCCCACGUGUCAGAUGUUUUCCCUCCUCCAACAACGAGAACAACGAGGCCAGGACACCCCACUGCUUUCCACAGGACACACCAGAAAUCCCAAACUCAGCCCUGUGCCAGCCACUGAGAAAAUUAACUCUAUCCCAGGACAAACCAGAAGCUUCUGCACUCCAGGGGUUUCUCUUUUGCUGAGGGAAUAUUUUAUUGCCAAGGGCAUUUUUUUUUUUUAAUGUGCAAUAUGAUUUGCAAAAAGUGGUUGCCUCGGUAUUAUUAUGGGUUAGGUUAUUUCCUCUACCUCCCAUCAUGGAAGGAAAGUCAAACCACUUGAUUUGGCAGAUAUUUUUCCCUAGAAAGAAUAAUUAAUAUUAAAGGAAAUCAGCUUUGCAGCCUGUUUUACACCCAGCCCCCAGCAGUGAGGAGCAGCACCCACCUGACACAGAGCUCUCCCAAGCACUGACAGUGCUGCUGGGGCUGGAAUCAAACCCCCACCUGGAGUCACAAGGAUGGGUUUCACCAAAAUAGCGUUGAAAUGGGACUUAAACAUCCCCUAAAUGCUAAUAAAAGUCACACCAUGCAGCAAAGCACAGAAAACACUCCUUGACUCCAGGCCUAAGUUAUCCCUGUGUUUUCUACCGGCCUGGAAUGGGCUGAAUUUGCCAAAGUGGAGGGAAAAUUUUCGAGGGCAGCAGGAGCUGGGCCCAGAAAUCAGCUCCUGUGUCAUCAUGGCACGCUGAAAGCACAGGGAGAGGAUGCUUCAAUGUAGUUUUCCUGAAAUCCAGUGAGAUACAGAAACAAUCCCCAGGAAUCAGGAAACCGAACCUGCUGCCACAGAGCACCUGAGAUGGUGGGAAGAAUUCCCUCCACAUCCAGCUUGUCCAGCUCUUGCAACCUUUUUUUUCUCCAGAAGCAGUUACAGAUGCAGGUUUCAAAGCUAAGAGCAGGAAUUCCUGGGGAGUGGGAUCAGGAUUCCCUUUGCUGACAGGGAAUCUCUUCUGUGACACCACAGCUCAAACAGAGGUGAGACUUGGAAAGCGCAGCCUGGACUUGGUGUCUGGGGCAGGAGAAGCCACAUUUCACACCCCUUGGCUGGUUCUCCUGGGCUCACAAACCCCCAGCACCAGCCAGAACAGCCUGAGGGUCCUCCCUGAUCCGAAAUGAGUUCCGAAAUCGGCACCAGGGAUGUUUUUUCCAGGCAGAAGGAAUCCACCUUCUGUUUUCUUCCAGCUUGACGUGACACGCUCGGACAAUCCGCAGCUGUCACCUUCCCAAAGGUGUGGGAUUGGCCACUGGUUUGGAAAACAGCAGCACUGUCUGUCUCACUGGCUGAGUCCAAAGCCUGAAUGUGGUUUGCAUCAUGGAUGGCAGAAGAUGGGAAGAGCUCUCCCCGCUUUCCUUCGGGAUUUGGUGCCUGCGGAUGGAUCUGGAGAGUCGCCUGCAGGAACAGCAGGGGUUGCAUCCAAAGGCAUGAGGGCCCUUCCAGUGCUCCUCUAGCAAAGCUGCUUCAACUGGAAACCUGCCUUCUUCUCCACAGAAUCCCAGGAUGGGUUGGAAGGGACCUUGAAGGUCAUCUCCUUCCACCCCCUGCCCUGGGCAGGGACACCUUCCACCAGCCCAGGUUGCUCCAAGCCCUGUCCAACCUGGCCUUGGACACUUUCCAGGGAUGGGGCAGGAUUUCUUUUUCACAGAGGAAACCCCCCCCAACUCUCAGCUGGUUGUUGGAGGUGCAAGGAUGGUGUUUAGGAGCUAAAAAGAAGGGUGAAAAGCUGCAGGAAAAACUUGUUAGGGGAGAAGAAAAAACAAAAAGGCAUCUGCAGCAGCAUGGUUGGAAUUUUGGGGUGAAGACAAUCCUGCUCACCUGAACCCACCUGGGGGAGGAUUUAGGGUUUAAAAUAGACUCGGAAAGACUUGUCUUACUGUCUGAGGAGCUGCCACAGUGCUGGAGCCCGACCAUCCACCUCAGGCACGGACACCAGGACGGGGCACAGACAGCAGGAUGGGACACAGACAGCAGGAUGGGACACAGACAGCAGGAAUCCAGGAGGAACCAGCUGGUGGUCCCACAGCUGCCCCCCAGGCCAGGAGCUGCUGUGCCCCCCGUGCCCGCUGCAGCUCCGGUUGUUGCUAUACCUCAUUCUUUCAUUUGUCCCCUUCCUUCCUUCCCCCUCUUUUUUUUUUUUGUUGUUCCAGACCCAGAGCUUGUGCACUCGACCACAUUCAGGUUCUGUUUUGUUGUACCUGUGCAAUGAAGAGCAGUCCCAGCCCCGGGCUGUGUAUCUCCCACCUGCUCCCACCCUCUGCUCCCCCCGGCGCCCGUGCUGCGGGUCCUGGGCAAGGGCAGCUCGAGCCCAGGGGGUGAUUUGAGGGUCAGGGAGGGUUUGGAGGGGCACCCUCCGUGCCCUCCUUUCAUCUCUGCUGUCAAACAGCCCCCCUGAGCCCCCCCAGCACCCUCCCAGGGGCUCGGUGGCACAAACCAAGGCCAGCUCUGCUCCCAAAUCCCUCCCUGAGCCUGGGGAGGAGGCAGGGAGGGAGGGAGGCAGGGAGGGGUGGAGCACCGAUCCCGGUGCCUGGGAGGGUGGCUGUGUGUGUAAAUACCCAGAUCCCAGCGCUGGCUAAAAAAAAAAAAAAAAUACAAAAGGGAAUUUUGUCCUGAGCGUGAAGCAAUUCCUGACGUGUGGAAGGAGCAGCUCCCCCUCCCCAUCCCCACUGGCCAGGGCCCCUGGCAGCGGGUGCCUCGUGAAUGUUUAGAGCACUUUGAAGUUGGUGGCCUUGUUUUUCUUAAAGGGCUUGAUUUUUUUCGUGCAGUUUAAAUGGAAUUAUCCCCCCUUCCCUUCCCCACCCCCCCAUCGUGUCAUCCCAAUCCCCCACCUCCAAUUCCACGCUACCAACAAGCACCUGGAUUGUGUAAGACACGAUCCAGGACUCAAGAAUCUGUCAUUAAUCCCCAAAGUUUAUACCUCAAAUAGAAAAAAACAACCCAUGGCUUAAGAGCAGCUCUGGGGGGGAGGAAGCAGCAGCUCCAAGUUGGAAGUUUAUCCCUGAAUUUGGUUCUUGACAGCACCAGGGAAAUCAAACCUGCACAAGCACAUGGAGAAAAGCACCAAGGGGUUUUUAGGAGCACCCAAAGUGAACCCUGCCAAAAAAAUUCCGAAUUUAUGUUCCCCAUUGAGGGGUUUUGUCUGCAAUUAACAAACCUGUAAAUGCAGCCUAUGCCUUCAAACCGUCUCAACCCCCCUAAAAAAGCCUGAGGGGGCAUAAAAGGGUCCAAAAUUGGAGGUAGGAUGAGGGAUGAGCUCAUUAAAGGCAAGGAGAUGCACCCAGAGCUCAGCCUGUCAUUCCUAAUCCCAGCCCUUCCCCCAGGAGGUGCAGCUGAAAGGAGUUCCUGUGACAGGGGUGCAGCUCAGAGUGACACAAGGACACACAAUCCUUCACAUUUUCCAGCCUGAAAUCCUCCCCCCCCCCCAGAAAAAAAAAAAAAAUUGUAUUAAGAAGGUUCAGCUGAUCCGAGAGAGCCCCACGAGGCUGGGAAGUGCCAGAAGCCAAUUAGCCACGGGGUUAAUUGCUGCUGCAUGGAAAGGUGCCAGGUAUGUCCCCACCACACCCCAGGGAACAGGAGAGAGGCAGGAGAACUCCCAGGACUGGCACACUCACCUUGGAUACCUUUGGAUUUCGGGAGCCAGGAUGGAACCAGUGACACCCCCCUGUCCUGUUCCGUGAGAAACUUGGGUUUGAUGACAGAUUCCUUCUAUUUGACAACUCCACCCUUAAAAAAAAAAAAGAAUCACCCAGAGAGGGGAACUGGAGGGUCCUUUGAGCCCCAGUUCCACGUCCAAGACAAGGGGAUGGGCUUGUGAUGGAUCCUUGAGAGCGGGAAUAGAUUUCAAACAAGCAAAUGGCAAUUUUCUACCCGUGUUCUGUACUGUUUUCUAUGUGUGUGGUCUUUCUUAAUGUCAAACUCUUGUAUUUUUGUGGUUUCUAUAUAUGCAGCAGGACUGAUGGCUGUGAGGGUGCACGCUGUUUUGUAAAAUAUUCCUAGCCAGUUUUCCCCAAAAAAAGAAAAAAAGAAAAAGAGGGGAAAACCUGAAUUAUUCACAUUUUCAUUGGCUUGUACCUGCAUGUACAGUAUUGGGGCAGCAAGUGAAGAUGAUUAAAGCCAGCUUGAAAACUUU